UUCCCCCCAAAUCAACACCCUUUCCUUCUUCAUCCUCUCUUCUCCCUCAUUACAACACUGUGAUCCCAUCUCACUCACACUCUCCUCCAUCAAUGGCACCACCCAGAAAACGCUACCUCUCCCUUCUUCUCCUCCUCUCUCUCUUCGCCCUCUUCAUCUUCUCUCACCACUUUCUCUCUCCUCCAUCAUCACCCUCUCUCUCUAACCCAACCACCCACUUUCUCUCUCCUCAAAACCCCUCCACCCCCUUCACAUUCACCCUCAAAGUCCUAGCCUACGACCGUCUCUCCUCCCUCUCCCGCUGCCUCAACUCCCUCUCUGCCGCCCACUACUACGGCGACACCGUCGACCUCCACAUCUUCAUUGAUCACUUCCCCAAUUCCUCCGCCACUGAUUUGGGGCGGAAUCUGGAAAAUUCGCAUGAAAUCCUGGGUUUUGUUGAUGGGUUUAAGUGGGAUUAUGGGCGGAAAUUGGUUCAUUAUAGGACUCUCAAUGUGGGAUUGCAGGCUCAGUGGUUGGAAGCUUGGUGGCCUUCCUCUGAUGAUGAGUUUGUGUUUGUUGUUGAAGAUGAUUUGGAGGUUUCCCCUCUUUAUUAUCGAUUUAUUAAGGGUUUGAUCUUGAAUUAUUACUAUAAUCCAUCCAAUUUUAGCCCUUUGAUUUUUGGUGCUUCACUUCAGAGACCAAGGUUUGUCCCAGGUAAACAUGGGAACAAAAUGAACUUGGAUAGUGAAACCAGACUCUUUCUCUACCCGUUGGUUGGAACCUGGGGUCAGCUUCUCUUUCCAAAGCCCUGGAAGGAAUUCCGCCUUUGGUAUGAUGACCACAAGGCCAAGGGCAUCAAGCCGAUUCUUGAAGGCAUGGUGACAACAGGAUGGUACAAAAGAAUGGGAGAGAAGAUAUGGACCCCGUGGUUCAUUAAAUUCAUUCAUUCACGUGGCUAUUUUAACAUCUACGCGAAUUUUCUCCAUGAAAGGGCUCUCAGCGUCUCUCACAGAGACCCUGGUGUUAAUUACGGGAAAACUGCGGGCCCAGAUUCACAACUGUUGAACGAGAACUCCCGUGAUAUCAAUUUACUGGACAUGCAACCUUUGAGUAGUUUACCAUGGUAUGAUUUCUGCUUCAGAAGAGUACUUCCUGGAAGAAUUGCAAAGAAACUCGAUGAUGUUACCCCAAUUCUUCAUAGCAUGAAGAAACAAAAACCUAUCUUUUUGGUCAGUUUAUUGAAGUCAUCUGAGACAAUUGUAAGGAAUCUGAUAUGCCAUUUUGAGAGGCUUAACAUUCAGAACUACAUUUUUAUGGUCCCUAACUCGGAAUCAGAUGAUCUGCAAAGGAGGGGCCAUCCUGUGAUUAUCACAGAUGAAGUAUUUGACAGCAUCAGAAGAAGUAAGAAGAAAACUAGUUCGGAAAUGAUCAAGGAAAUGGUGGUGAAAGCUUAUGUGAUAAAAAUAUGUUUGGAAUCUGGGUUUGAUAAUUGGGUUAUUUCUUCCAACAUGCUGCCACUCAGCAGUAACCCAGAACUCGACUCCACUGAUUCCUUAAACGGCGAUUUCUAUGUUGGUAAAAACUCCAGAUUCUUCUUUGCAAGGAGUUCAUCAUCUUCUCGGGGAAUUUGGGAUGAAAAAUUUGUGCAGAAGUUUGCUGCUACUGUUACUCAAGAUUCAUCACUGAGAUUGAAUGCAGAUUUUAUUGAUGUUGUAGAAAAGUUUGCAGGACUUGUUCAUAUGCUUAGAUUGAAGAGUGUUGAUGACAUGAACUUUAGUUUGAAACCCGGGAAAGUCAAUGGAAGUCAAUCGCUACCAACAAAUACGAAGAUGAUAUCGUGGUCAACGGAGAUGGAUACAGAUUUGGUUCAUAAACAGCUUGAAGAAUUAGGAAUGUGGAUCAUAGACGGUGAUUCUGCUUGCAAAGCUGUGGUCUGUCAUCAAUCAUGACAAAACGGUCAGUUUUUGUUCGUCUUAGGUUAGCCUAGGUAAAUUGUGCUCUGUAUGUAGUUUUGUAUUGUGAUUAUAUAUAUUUUUUUUUGUUUAUCUGGUUGUAUACAGAAUCUACUUGCAUUAGAAAUUAGGUUAGCUGGAAAUUGAAGGAAAUUAUGCAUUCCUUGAAAUCUCCUUACUGUUGUUUUCGUCCCUAGAAUAGGCCAUGUUUGGUUAAAGAUGUUCUUAUGAAAACAUACAUCAUAUGAAUGAGUCUUCUCAACUAAAAGUCUUUAGUCACCUAAAUCAUACCAAACAAUUGUUUUUGAAUUUCUUUGUUUGUUAAAGAUUGUAUCAUCAAGGAUAUAUAUUAAGGGAAAUUUGGGGUUGAACUUGAA